AGCAUUCAUACGCGCACGGAUCCGUAGCGCCAGAACAUUGUCUAAGGUGGAUACGCUAGCCGACAAGGGCUAGAUAGCCAAAUUUGCUUGCGUGUACAGUUUAACCCCACACGGAUGAAUAAUUGACCUGAACAGCGGAGGCAUCGACAUUGGAGCUGCGAUUGCCUGGACAAGCGGUUAAACAAGCAAUGCAUCUAGAUGCAUCCAAGGAUGAGUCUCCCCGCACUAGGAUAGAGCGCGGCACUCCCAGAGGAAGUAGAUCAUGUGUGUUGCAUUUUUGAUCAUCACCAGCUUCCCACCCGAUGUUUGGGGGUAUGCGCAAGAAUCAUGGGCCGAGUAUCCCGUGGAGAAGCAGAGCUUAAUAUGGAUGCGGGGAAACGCAAGACGUCUGGAAGCGGUGGCUUUGUGUUAUUCACUUUCAGGAGGCGCUGUCAGCCACAGCAUCACUUUAAUACGAAUCUUUGGUGGAUUCGUGUCACCGAUCCCUACAGGAGUGUUGCACCCGGCUGUGAAUGUGAACUCUCUAGCAUUUAUGUGGCACCCGCAUAGUAGCCUAAAAUCGGGAUUCCGGAUGCCGCACCCUGCGAGACUGAACCUGGCGAACAGGCGUCUCCACCCAAAUUUGUAUCAUGUAGUGCGCGGAGAAUGUGAACAUAUCGAUGGGGCUCUUUCCUGGAUAAUCGCGCUUCUCCAGGAGAAGCAGCGCGCAGCCUCCAUUUGCAAUGGGACAUCAAAUCGUAAAGAUCACAAAUUCGCAAGUACGCACGUUUGAUGAACUCCGCUCCUGUGCAAAUAAGGACAUAUUGCAAAUGUUCACUGUAGACGCUCAGGACUUGGGCCACCGCGAUGGUUCAGAUGAAUGGACCCUGUGUGUGGGGUUGUUUAUGUGGUCU